AUGCCUACACCUCUACCACCGAAUCUCUAUGUAUCUGGAACGCCAAUGCACACCGCGUACUCAAGCUGUCUGGCUUUCCAAGCUCAGACUCCGCAGCUUCAGGUCCCCUUGACGGCCAACCCAACGCCACUCGUUUCUGCAAGGUUGCUGGGUUAUAUGAUUCUCCACUCGCCUACGCCACAAGGACGUGCCAACAUCUGCAAUGAAAUCAACUCGUGUAAUGGCAAUCGCGAUAUGUUCCAUGAUCUAGCGAACUUUUACGUUGAUCGCUACCUCCGCUCCUUCAGGUCAACCAAAGGACGAACGCCUGUGCACUCCGACCAUCCCUCCCGACAAUCCUUCGAUGAGAUGCAGGAGACUAUCAAGUAUUUGUUCGACGGACCUCCUAAAAACCAUCUGGAAGCCAAGGCUGCGGCUCUUGAGCGUGAUGGCUAUCGCUGCAUGGUUACUGGUAGAUACGAUACGAGUAGUUGCGAGAAAAACCCCGACAUUGCCGCGCUUGCUGUGCAAAGUGGCACGGUCGCACGAGAAACCCAUGCUUCUCAUAUUUUCGCUCCCUCCACAAGUCAAGAUAUAUCUGGGCCAAACGCUGAUGGGCCGAAGCAUAAUUUCGCUGCCUCCGCAUGGGCUGUCAUGGAGCGUAUGGGCAGUGUUCUGGUCCCAGAUGAGCUGAACGGCCCAGACAUUCAUCGACUUGAGAAUGUUAUGACACUGGAGACAGGCGUGCACAGUUUGUUCGAUAACCUCAAAUUAUGGUUUGAACCGACUGGCACACUACCACAUCAAUAUCGCCUGUGUUCCCCAAACAGCGCCUUAUAUAUUUCUAACCUACCGCAAACCGUUACUUUCACGUCAACAUCCCAGCACUUGCCCCUCCCAGACCUACGUUACCUUGCUUUGCAUGCCGCCUGCGCCAAAGUUGCUCACCUUUCAGGAGCUGGAGAGUAUAUUGAUACCAUUGACAGAGAGCUGGAAUCGACUGGUGUGUUAGCUACUUGUGGAUCGUCUGCAGGUUUGUUGGAAGCUGCGUUGAACCGACACUUCCAAUCUGUCUUUGUACGUUGA